UGCGCGGCGAUUCAAAAUGGGAAAGAAACCAAAGGAGCAAACGCCUAAAGAGAAUAGCCGGAAGGAAGAGGUCAUCGGUUCUACUCCCGACAUCUUCAAAACCCUUCUCGGAGACAUCCCCGAAGAGGGUAGCUUCUCUCUCUUCACCUCCAACAACCCCUUCCGUCGCAAACCCGACCAACAACAAAUAGGUUUAGGGUUUGCUUCAGCUGAAGCUUCUCAAAACCCUAAAACUCCAAACCCAGACAACGAUGGCGAUUCCCAGAUUGAGUCGAAGAAGAGAAAGCGACACAAAGAAAAGAAACCAAAUGCUGAUGCUGUCGACGAUUCGAUAGAUAAUGGAGGUUCGAAGAAUUUGGAAGAGAAAAAGAGGAAGAAAUCGAUAGAGAGAAACCUUAAUUCGGACGUUGAUAUGGUCGACAAUGGUACAAAUGAGGAAGAAAGCAAGGAUGGUCUCCAUGUUGAGGUGGGGAAGAAGACGAAGAAGAAGAGGAAGAGGGAUGAGGUUGAGGAGGAGUAUGAGAGGAGGAAUUAUGGAGUAGUUGAGAAGGAUGAGAGUGAAGAGGUGGGUUCGGGUAAGAAAGGUGUGGGGGAGAAGAGGAAGAAGAUGGAUGAUCCUGAGGACUUGUUGGUUUCAAAGGAAGGUUUUGAUGACGAAAGCAAGCUCUUGAGGACUGUUUUUGUUGGGAAUUUGCCGUUGAAGGUGAAGAAGAAAGCGUUGUUGAAGGAGUUUAGCUGUUUUGGGGAGAUUGAAUCAGUUCGGAUUCGGUCUGUGCCGCUCUUAGAUAGCAAAAUACCCAGGAAAGGUGCAAUUUUGAAGGGAAAGAUAAAUGAAGCCGUGGACAGUGUUCAUGCGUACAUUGUUUUCAAAGAUGAGCAGGUUGCACAGUCUUCUUUGACCCACAAUAUGGCAGUGGUUGGGGGAAAUCAUAUACGUGUUGAUAUGGCAUGCCCACCUCGUAAGAAACUGAAGGGAGAGAAUGCUGCACUUUAUGAUAGAAAGAGAACUGUGUUUGUUGGAAAUCUCCCAUUUGAUGUGAAGGAUGAAGAACUUUAUCGGUUGUUUUGUGGGAUUAACCAGUUGGAUUCUAGCAUUGAAGCUGUCCGGGUUAUCAGAGAUCCUCAUACGAGCAUGGGGAAGGGCAUUGCUUAUGUCUUGUUUAAAACAAGGGAUGCAGCCAACAUGGUUGUUAAGAUGAAGAACUUGAAGCUCCGAGACCGUGACUUGAGGCUCUGCCAUGCCAAAUCUGAUGUGACACCAUCAAAGAAAAGAAAUGCAUCCCCUGUAUGGACAGAUAGAUCCUCUUCGAAGAGAUUGGCUGUGACUCCUAGUGAGAAUUCAGCUGAUGGAAAUAAAAAGCCCAAAGCAAAGGGUGACCUUUCUUACCAGGGCCUGCGGGCAAACAAAGCAGGGGUGCAGAAGAAAAUGAGUUUCUCUCCAAGAACCAUUGAACAGGGGAAAUUUCAGUCUAAGAAAGGGCCUGAGAGGAAAGUACGUGAGAUCAAACGACCUGCAGUUGCUGCCAGGAAAACGAAGGCCCUUGGCACGAAGGAUGGGGGAUUGUCCAAACAGGUAGGGAACAAACGAAAGCUGGGAAUCACGACGCCAGGGAACUCCCCCAAGAACAAGAAAGCUAGGAAGAUCAGGUAGGAAUGAAGUGACUUUGUUAACUUCUUGAUGUAUUAGUUCUCUGAUUAUGUAAGUCUUCAGAAGUAAGUUUUAAUUAUCACCUUAAGUUGGAAACCCAGGAGGUUUUAAUUGUAUAUCAAGAGGCUCAUGAUUUAGGGUGCCUUUUAU